UAACAUCUUGCUGGGGGUUGGGAGAUGAUAGAUUUGGUGAGAGACGCUCUGAUUGUGAUGUUUCUUUGUUAGUGAUUUUCCCGUUCGCUGCUUUCUUGUUCUGGUAAAUGGCACCGGCAACGGACCCGCCGCCUUUCGAUUGCCUGUAUAUAUAACGACGAACGGGCAGUUCACCUUCAUCCCCUCCAUCUGACCUAGGGGGAAGGCGGUCUCCAGCCAGUUCCUCUUUUCCGUUCGCUUCCUUUCUCGUGCGGUCGUUACCCUUCCUUUUCUUCUGGUGCCUCUUCCAUUACCAACCUUCGGGUUUCGCCAUGGUCUUCGUCAGGUUAUUCGAUGGCAGAACCCUGGCGGUGGAACUUAACCUCGAUUCUGCCACAAUUACGGAACUGAAGCUCGCGAUCGAGAGUCGCGUAGGUAUCCCGCCUUCCGUCCAGCGUUUCAUCUUCUCCUCUAGGGUUUUGGGGAACCAUGGUGGUGAUGACUCCGCUCUUUUGUCCGAGUUGGGUGUCUCCCGCGGUGCCACCCUCUCUCUCCAUCUCCCCCUAGCAGGAGGCAUGCAGGCCCCCGUCCCUCCCAGACCGCGGCUGGAGUUCUUGAACUCCAGGCCGCCACCUAAUUAUGUCGCGGGUCUCGGCCGAGGUGCCACCGGCUUCACCACCCGGUCCGAUAUUGGUCCCGCCAGGGCAGCUCCCGACCUCCCUGACCGGUCUGCGACGACUCUGGGUGGUGCUGGUGCCGCUGGAGUUGGCCGCGGGAGAGGGAGGGGCGGUGGCGGGGAGGAGGAGGAAGAAGACGAAGCCGAUGAUAAGGGUUACGACGAGAACCAGAAGUUCGACGAGUUCGAGGGGAAUGACGUCGGACUGUUCGCCUCCGCCGAGUAUGACGAGGACGACAAGGAAGCGGAUGCCGUCUGGGAGAGCAUCGACAAGCGGAUGGACUCGAGGAGGAAGGACCGCAGGGAGGCCCGCUUGAAGCAGGAGAUCGAGAAGUACAGGGCCUCUAAUCCCAAGAUUACCGAGCAGUUCGCGGAUUUGAAGAGGAAGCUGAUCAUGGUGACGCCGGAGGAGUGGGACAGCAUUCCGGAGAUAGGUGAUUACUCGUUGAGGAACAAGAAGAAGCGGUUCGAGAGCUUCGUCCCCGUCCCCGACACGCUGCUUGAGAAGGCAAGGCAGGAGAAGGAGCAGGUAACCGCGCUCGACCCGAAGAGCCGGGCGGCCGGUGGGACUGAGACUCCCUGGUCGCAGACCCCCGUGACGGACCUGACGGCCGUGGGGGAGGGCCGAGGAACCGUGCUGUCGCUGAAGCUGGACCGUCUGUCCGACUCCGUGACAGGGCUGACGGUGGUCGACCCAAGGGGUUACCUCACCGAUCUCAGGAGCAUGAAGAUCACGAGCGACGCAGAGAUCUCCGACAUCAAGAAAGCCAGGUUGCUUCUCAAGUCCGUUACCCAUUCGGACCCGAAGAACCCGCCGGGUUGGAUUGCCGCUGCGAGGUUGGAGGAGGUCGCCGGUAAGCUUCAAGCCUCUCGACAACUGAUACAAAAGGGGUGCGAGGAGUGCCCCAAGAACGAGGACGUCUGGCUCGAGGCCUGUAGGUUGGCUAGCCCCGAUGAGGCCAAGGCCGUGAUCGCGAGGGGCGUCAGGGCAAUUCCCAAGUCUGUUAAGCUCUGGAUGCAAGCGGCCAAGCUCGAGAAGGACGACAUGAACAAGAGCCGGGUCUUGCGGAAGGGGCUCGAGCACAUCCCAGAUUCGGUCAGGCUGUGGAAGGCUGUGGUAGAACUGGCUAACGAGGAGGACGCAAGGCUUCUGCUCCAAAGGGCCGUCGAAUGUUGCCCCUUACACGUUGAGCUUUGGCUUGCCCUGGCUAGAUUGGAGACGUAUGAGCAAGCAAAGAAGGUUCUCAACAGGGCUAGGGAGAAGUUGCCCAAGGAGCCAAGUAUCUGGAUUACUGCCGCCAAGUUGGAAGAGGCGAAUGGGAACACGAAGAACGUGCACAAGAUCGUAGAGAGAAGUAUCAUAUUGUUGCAGAAGGAAGGGCUUGAGAUUGACAGGGAAGCCUGGAUGAAAGAGGCAGAGGCUGCAGAGAGAGCGGGCUCCGUUGCUACUUGCGAGGCUAUAAUCAGGAACACCAUAGGUAUUGGAGUGGAAGAAGAAGAUCGCAAAAGAACGUGGGUUGCUGAUGCUGAAGAAUGCAAAAAGAGAGGCUCGAUAGAGACGGCACGAGCCAUUUAUGCCCAUGCACUCUCCGUCUUUGUGACCAAGAAGAGCAUAUGGCUUAAAGCAGCUCAGCUUGAGAAAAGCCACGGGACGAGGGAGUCUCUUGAUGCCUUACUCAGGAGGGCUGUAACUUAUAGGCCUGAGGCAGAAGUGUUGUGGUUGAUGGGUGCCAAAGAAAAAUGGCUAGCAGGUGAUGUCCCUGCUGCCCGAGCAAUUCUACAGGAAGCAUAUGCUGCAAUUCCAAAUUCAGAGGAGAUCUGGCUUGCUGCUUUUAAACUUGAAUUCGAGAACCACGAGCACGAGAGAGCAAGAAAGCUUUUGGCAAAGGCUCGGGAGAGAGGAGGCACGGAGAGGGUGUGGAUGAAAUCUGCCAUUGUUGAGAGGGAGUUGGGCAACACUCCCGAGGAAAGGAGAUUGUUGGAGGAGGGUUUGAAACUCUUCCCUUCAUUUUUUAAACUAUGGCUUAUGCUUGGGCAACUUGAGGAGCGCCUUGAUCGCUCAGAGGAAGCUAAAGAAGCUUAUUCAUCUGGCCUCAAGCACUGCCCAGUUUGUGUUCCUCUGUGGCUCUCACUUGCCAAUUUGGAGGAGAAGAUAAAUGGGAUAAGCAAAGCUCGAGUUAGUCUUACGUUGGCAAGGAAAAAGAAUCCGCAAAACCCAGAACUCUGGCUAGCCGCUGUUCGUGCUGAAUCUAGACAUGGUAACAAGAAGGAAGCUGAUGCGCUCAUGGCUAAAGCAUUACAGGAGUGCCCGAAUAGUGGAAUCCUGUGGGCGGCGUCUAUAGAGAUGGCGCCACGGCCUCAAAGGAAAACAAAGAGUCAAGAUGCUAUUAAAAAAUGCGGCCAUGAUCCUUACGUCAUUGCUGCUGUGGCCAAAUUGUUUUGGCAUGACAGGAAGGUAGACAAAGCUAGGGAUUGGUUUAACAGAGCGGUCACUCUUGCUCCUGAUAUUGGAGAUUUCUGGGCACUUUACUAUAAGUUUCAGCUGCAGCAUGGGGCAGAAGAAGAACAAGCAGAUGUGCUGAAGAGAUGCAUAGCUGCAGAGCCGAGGCAUGGGGAAAAAUGGGUCGCAAUUUCCAAGGCUGUUGAAAACUCUCACCAGCCAACGGAGGUCAUACUGAAAAAGGUGGUAGUGUCUCUGGGAAAGGAAGAAGGUUCUGGUGUUGGCACAUGAACUGGGUAUUGUGAUUAACACAAACUGAUUUUGGUGGAGAACUUUGUAAGUUAGAAUAUGUCCAUGUACUUGAUAUUCAUAAUUUGUAGUAGCAAUAUGAGUUUAGCAAUGUUAGGCUGCUUUC